AUGAUCUAUUGAGUUUGAAGUGCCCACCACAGCAAGCGGAGAAUACUAGAACUAUAGGUACACUUGAAUGAUUUCAGUGACACAACAACAUCAAAAGCGCCAACAACAACCUCCAUGAAGCACAAAGAAGCCAAGAAGCGAUAGAAGUAUGAUCGAGCUGGGCCUGCAGCGGAUUUCGCGCUUGCUAUCUACCACUGCACUUCCAUGGAAAGCCAUUCACGUCGCGGGAACCAAUGGCAAAGGCACCGUAUGCCACCUCACAUCUGCCCUCCUCAAUGCAUACAACCGCUCGCAGUAUCGGGAGAAACUCCAGCAAUCACCUGUCACACACGGCCGCUUCACCAGUCCUCAUCUCGUCGAUCGCUGGGACUGCAUAGCUUUCAGCAAUGGCGGCGCCAGUCAUCAUGCCAUGGACGUCGUGCCCGAGCGAGACUUUUUCGAGGAAGAAAGCGCUGUCAAGGCAUUCAAUGCGCAGCAUAACAUUAAUGCUUCGGAAUUCGAAAUUCUCACUGCUACUGCAUUUCGCCUCUUUACCCAAAGGGAGCUGGACGUGGCCGUUGUUGAAGUCGGCUUGGGUGGUCUUCUGGACGCGACCAAUAUCCUCGGAGAGCCAGUAUCCGGGUCUACAGAAACUAAACUGAUCCGGAAACGGUUCAAUCCUGCGAAGUGGCGUCCAAAGCCUCUCAUCACUGCUAUUACACAGAUUGGCCUCGAUCAUCGCGGAUUUCUAGGCAACACACGAGCAGAAAUCGCGACUCAAAAGGCCGGGAUUAUGAAAUCAGGCGUUCCUGUAGCAUGGGCCCGUGAUGCCGAAUUGGACAUUUUAUUCGAAUCCAAAGCACGAGAACUGCAUGCCCCUGUAAUUCGAUGGGAAAACAUACUACCCCUCAUGACACCCAGCGCGUGGCAAGACCUUUCGCCACCGAGGCGAAUCAAUGGCGAAUUGGCCAUCAUAUCCGCAUGGACCGCACUCACGAAUUUGGGCAGAAUUCCCUUCGACGCCACACAAGAUGAUGAAACAUCAACCACCACCACCAAUACCAAAAAUCUCCGCGACAACCUUCUCGCCGAAUGGCAAACCAUCAUCCAAACCCACACUUUACCCGGCCGACAAGAAACCAUCUCUCUCGCACCCAUCAUGCGCACCAGCACCAGCAAAACAACAACCGCCCUCCUCGACGGCGCCCACAACUCAGAUGGAAUCCACCACCUCGCCCAAACCGUCCAAAACACUCUUCGCACCCGAAACAAAAAAACCCCCACCCCGAUAAUUUGGAUCCUCGCCCUCUCUGUCUCGUCAGAUCGUAAUCCCACUCCUAUCCUUCAGACUCUUUUGCAACCUGGCGAUAGAGUUUUUGCUGUCGAAUUCGGUCCUGUGGAUGGGAUGGAUUGGGUGCAAGCGCUUUCUGCGGAGGAAAUUGCUGGAGUUGCGGAGGAGGUUAUGGAGAUGAAGAAGAUGGAGAUGGAGAUGGAGAUGGGAUCGGUAGGGGGUAGAGAGGAUGUGCAAAUUUGGAAAAGGGAUUUGGAAGGGGCGUUGAGAGGGGCUUGUGAAUUGGCGGGGCGAGUUGGAGGGGAAGUGGUGGUUUGUGGGAGUUUGUAUUUGGUGGGGGAUGUUUGGAGGUUGUUGAGAGAGAGGGAGGGAGAGAGAGAGGUAGGUAGAUAA